AUGAAAGAGGCAGCCAAAGCUCUUAAAGACUCUAAAACGGUACGGGAGGACGAGAUGCAAGAACUGCGAGCGCUUCUUACAAAAACCAAAGCUGAGCUAAAGGAGGAAAGAGACAGAGUUAUAGAGCUGGAAGAUUAUACUCGGCGUGAGAAUCUAAAAUUUCACAAUAUCCCAGAAUCAGAAGAAGAAGGUGUUAACCACUCGCCGAAACAAGUUAUUCUCAGCAUUUUGCAAAAAGAGUUGCACAUGGACACCGCACAAAUUCGAUUUCACCCAGUGCAUCGAAUUGGCAAGCGAAAAGAAAACAAACACAGACCGAUCAUUGCUCGCUUCGUUUGCCGAGAAGACAGAGAUCAGGUUUUUGCCAGGAAGAAGGAAAUUAAAGAGGGAGGUACAAAAGUCGGACCGGAUCAACUCGGACCGCCAGUCCGUGUCGGAUCAACUCGGAUCGACUCGGACCAGGAGCCCAUCAUAAAAUAAAAUUGGACUCGGAUCAACUCGGAGCAAUCAAAAAAAUUAAAUUAAAUCAGCAAAACUGAAAGUUUAACCCAUUUGGAGGGUAAAAAAGGCCAGAUCAUCCUUUUUUUCUCCGUGGCUUUCAGGCGCCAUUUUGUUUUACUAGUGCCAGUUCCUCUCGGAUCAUGUUAUAAACUCGUGGUUGUGGUUCGACAGUAAAGAAAUGAUAGUUUCAGUCGCCUAGAAUGUAUAUAUUUGCUUAUUUAUUAGACUACUGAAUUAUUUAUAAGAAAAGCAUCAAAAGCCUGGUCUGUUGAUCGCAUUUAGAUAGUUACCGAAGAGUGUUUGUUUGUUUGUUGCUGUUUGUUUUUUUUUUCUGCAGGACUUCUGAAACUUAAUUUUAAUGAUACACUAGUGAGCAGCACACAUACAUUUCCAGUGAACAUUUUCAACUUGGAAGGAGGAGAAACCAUGCUCGCCCUGGACAAAGGAAAUUUCCAUGCCCUUUUCAAGAAUCGAACUCGCGACACUCCGGUUCAGUGGUUGGAACGUCCGAUAAACAUGUAGUAUUCAGAGGGUCGUGAGUUCAAUUCUCGCCUAGGGUUCGAAAAUUUUCGUUGUCCCGGGCGAGCAUGAUUUCUCAUCCUUCCAAGUUGAAAAUGUUCACUGGAAGUGUAUGUGUGCUGCUCACUAGUGUAUCAUUAAAAGUAAUAAAAAUAAAAAUAAAAUUAAUUUACGCAACCACGAGUUCGUGAGAAAAAAACAUAAUGGCGGGUGAAAGUUAAGUGAUACCGACUGAUUUUAUUUUUCUUUUUAUAAUCCGAGUUGUUUUUUUUUUAUGAUCCGAGUUGAUCCAAGUCCAAUUUCAUUUUAUUUUUAUUUUUUUAUUCGAUCCGAGUUGGUCCGAGUCGAUCCGAGUUGAUCCGACCCGGACUGGCGGUCCGAGUUGAUCAGGUCCGACUUUUGUACCUGCCUGAAUUAAAAAGAGCACAAGGUUCAAGGACGCUUACAUAACCGCCGAUUAUGCAAAAGCUAUACAAGAUGAACGAAGGAAGCUAAUAAAGGCGAUGUUCAAGGCAAAGGAGCAAGGUUCAGAGGCCAAAGUGGUUGGUAGAUAUCUGUACAUAGGAGAACUAAAGUAUGAUGUAACAAAUAUCCUUGAGGAUUUUAAGUAGAUCAAAGAACGAACAUAGAUCUGUUCAACUAAUUUACGGUACUACUGGUGCAAUACAACAACAACGUCUUUAAGUCAGAUUGAAGCUAAUUAGAUUCUGAAAAACACAAUAUUUAAAAUUGUCGAAAGGUUAGUACCUUCUUAAAAUACUUCAUUUGAGUAUCUCAAAGGAGUAUGUUUCGGCUAGUGUUUUGGUGGUUAACGUGUGUCCCUGUAUUAUUUUCUUUUUCUUAUCUUUUAGUGUUGUAUUUGAGAUUUUUUCGAGUGUUUUUCUAUUCUAAUUUUCGCUUACUGUGUUUAUUUAUUAAUUUUACCUAUGCACAAUCAGUAUCCUUUACUUGCUUUCAAAGUAUGUCUACAUUCACGCCUUCGUUUGUUCAAUUACACGUUCGGCUCUUUUGUUUUCAGCUAUGCAGUCCCACAAUUUGCAUACAGUGACAUUAGUUGUUCAGUGCUUUUAAACUAAUAUCGCUUAAUGUGAAGGGCUUAAGUAAUUUCCGCAAAAGAAGAACCAUCUUUCUCUGGUGUUGUAAACGUAAGGCAGACCUGGUUUUUUUACAAGGGACGCACUCGAUCCCUGCAACAGAGAAUCAGUGGAGAAAUGAAUGGGGUGCUGAGAUGAUAUCUUGUCACGGUAGUUCUUAUUCGCGAGGUGUUGCGAUUUUGUUUAAAAAUGGUAUUGAUUGCAGCAUUAAUCAUAAAAUUGUAGACUCCGAGGGGCGAUACACUAUUUUAAAAGCUUGCAUCCAAGAUAAAGACUAUGUGCUGAUUAAUGUUUACGCGCCGAACAAAGAUAAAGACCAAGUGAAUUUUUUCAACAACCUACUUUCAAUUUUGCAAAAUGAAAAUCUGGAUUCUGUGGAUAACAUCAUACUAGGAGGAGAUCUAAAUUGUCCACUCGAUCCAUUACUCGACAAAAAAGGCGGAGCAAGUACAAAAAGGAAGUCAGUUAUCUCUUGUGUCGAAGGUUUCAAAAGUAAAUUAGAUUUAGUGGAUAUCUGGAGAUCCAAAAAUCCAGACGCAAAAAGUUUUACGUGGAGUCAAAAAUCUCCCCCAGUGUUUUGUCGUCUCGAUUACUGGUUGAUAUCUAACAAUCUGAGCGAUUUUGUUGAAUUGACCGAAAUAAUCCCGGCUGUACGAACAGAUCAUGAUGCAAUUUCUUUAGAACUCGGAAAGUUAGAGAACGAUAUUGAAAGGGCCAGGAAACUGGAAAAUGAACUGCUCACUGUAAGAUGA